AAAUAUCUAUAAAGUGUGAUAAUAAUUUAUAAUAUUGUCAGGUGAUUAACGGAAACGAACGACAUCAGUAGCACGAUUUGUUAUCUUCACCUCGGUAAAUGUAGAUAAAACACGAUAAAAAAAAAACACAGAUGAACUCUUAGUAAGAAAAUAUAACAAACCCUUUUUUAAUAAAAAAAGAAAGCUAUGUGUUGAUUUUAUUAGAAAUAUACACAUUUAAUUAUGUUAUUGUUUGAUAAAUUAAUAGUCGAUAAAAAAUAAUAAGUUUAAAAUUUAAAUGUGCAUCUUCAAGUAGUGCAGUUGAUGAUUAUUAUUAUGUUAUAAAAAAAUAUAUUACUAAAAUGACAGAGUAUCAUUUAAUAAGAAGACCAAGUGUUUCGAAUUUCAUGAGGAUUUUAAAACGUUGGAAAUUGAUUGUAUCAUUUAUAAUUAUUUUAUUGAUAAUGUAUUUUUUAAUUAACAAAAAAACGAAAAUAGAAAGAUUAAAAGAAAUUUAUAAAUUUCAAGAAUCAAUAAAAGAAGUAUUAAAUUUAGAAAUAAAAUAUAUGGCUAAAAGAAUGACACCAGAAUAUGAUAAAUGGACAGAAGCAAAUAAUAUUGAUGGUCAUAUUUAUUCGUCAUAUUUCGAUACACGUCCUGAAAUAAUAAUUAAUUAUAAUCAUCAAUGGAAAAAAGUAACUUGGGCUGAAAUUCGUAUAAUAGCUAUUUUACCAAAUAACAUUGAAAUAAACAAUAUUGAAUGUAUAUUUAAAUAUGAAACAAAUCAACGUAAUAUUAUUUACAAAAAAAAUAUCAUAACAAGUAUUAAUUUAAUUAAUGAAAAUUGGAAUUUAAAAUAUUCAGCAGCAUUUAUUAUUUGUGAUCUUUCAUAUUUAUUUAAAAAAAAUUUUAAUUAUUUUUAUGAUGUUAAACAAUUACCAGAAUCAAUUGGUAUUCAAGCUAAAAAUAAUAUCAAUAGUAAUAUUAAUUUUAUUGAUAUUCAUUAUCCUAAAUAUGGAAUCGAAAAAUUUGAUCGAAAAUAUGAUAAAUUUAUGGCUGUAUGUGUACCAGUAUUUGAUCAUAAAUUUAAUCGUCCACUGGAACUUAUUGAAUUUAUUGAAUAUUAUAAAUUAAUGGGAGUUGAUCAUUUUACAUUUUAUAAUUCAUCAAUAACAAGUGAUGUUAAUAGAGUACUUGAACAUUAUAAAUACAAUGAUUAUUUAUAUUCAUAUGAUAUAUUAAAUUGGACAUUACCAUCACAAUAUAUAUACGAACAAACAUUAAGAAAAGAGGGUUUAUUUGCAGCUCUAAAUGAUUGUUUAUAUCGUAAUACAAUUGAUUAUAAUUAUCGUUACACAGGAGUAUUUGAUAUUGAUGAAUUUUUAGUGCCAAAAAAAUAUAAUAAUUUUAAUGAUUUAAUGAAUUAUUUGGAUAAUAAUAAAACUGAUAAUACUGCAUCUUUUUUAUUUAGAAAUGUUUAUUUCUAUACAAUGUAUGAGGAUAGAAACAAACAAGAACAGCCAUAUCUUUAUACAAGAGCUAAAACAAAACGACUUAAAAAACCACAUGAGCCAAGAGAUAGAAGUAGAUAUAUUGUUCAAGGUCAAAAUACUGUAGAAAUUGGCAAUUAUAAUACUUGGAAAUUACGUGAUGGUUCAUUGAUGAAUAAAAAAAAUUAUUUUAAUGAAAUUUCGGUGGAUCCAGAAGUGGCAUUAUUACAUCAUUAUGCACCAUGUGAAGCUGAAGAAACUGGUUGUUAUCUUAAGGGAAUUAUUGAAGAUAAUACAGCUCAGAGAUUUUCUGAUAAACUUGGUCAACGUGUUACGAAAAUAUGCUCAAUUAUUUACGGUGAAAAAGGAUGUCCUUUACCGGUUAAACGAUUUAAUGGUAGCUAAUUUUUUGCAUAAGAUAAAUUUCAUGUUGGGAGAAUUAAAUUAAUAAAUAUUUAUACAAAAAUAUUAAAACUAUUUGGGAAAUUCAAUUUGUAAAUAGUAAACUUUAUGAAACAUCAAAUUUCGAUUUUUCUAUCUUACAUUUUUCGUCGAUAAAUUUAACUCGUUUUUCAAAUUGAAAAGUUUUUUUUUUAUCUCUUUUUGUUAUUAAUUAAUUCAUAGUACGUAUCGUGUUUUAUUUAUUUUUUUUUUUAAUUAGUCUAUAGCGAUAAUAUGGAUGACUGAAAUUUACGAUGAAAAAUAAUAUAGACGAAAUAAUAUUUCGAUCGAAAUAGUAUUUUUAAAUUACUAAAAUAAAAUAAUUCUUUUUAUUUUUAUAUCUCUUUAUAUUUAUUUUCUGUAAGUAUUGAUUCCUUUUUUUUUAUUUUAAUAUGUACAUUAUAUAUUGAUGACCCGUAUUUUCAACAAAAAAAUAUGAAGCAAUAAUGAUAGGUCUUUUUUUUUUUGUGUUAGACUAGCAUAUGUUAUACAUUUAAUUUGACCUGGAUUUUUUAUCAUAUCGAAAUUUAGUAAUAUAUUUACUGUAUAUUUUGUAUAUAUUUUUUUUUUUAUUGAAUUAGUUUUGUUAUAAUAUGAUACCAAAAAACAAUUAUUUGCGAAAAAUUUAUUUCAUAGAAAAUUGAGUAUUUCACUAUUAAUUUAUAGCAUACAUAAAACAUCAUCAAUUUUAUUUUUUUUUAUUUCUCAAUUUUCAAUAAUAUUGAUUGUUUAUUUUAAAAAAUUUUAUUAUAUUUUAUAAAUGUUUUUAAAUAUUUUUUUAUUCCGGAAAUUUAGAGUGAAUUUAUUUAAUAAUAUUUUGCUAUAAAUAAAAUUUAAAUAUUUAUAGAAGAUUAAAAUAUUUUUAAUUUUUAUUAUAAAAAUAAACCAUCAAGCCAGUGAGUAUAAUGAGAUUGUAUUUACAACUCUCCCGAGUACCACUGUGCUUAUAAUAAAAAAAAAAAAAAAAA